UUUGCUGCAGCUGUCGCGGGGCGCGCUGGAAGGCGGAGCGGUGCGCUCUUUCUGGACUGACUAUGCCCAAACUGGCACGGGCUUCCCCCGCUUUCUUUCUUUCUUUUUCUUUCUCUCUUUUCAUCCCAGCUGAACAGCCAUCAGUGAGCCCCCUCGACUAAGAAGACGGCAUGUUGUCUGGCUUACAGGAGUGGUUUUCAUCAGAAGAGUGAAGGCACCGCUCAUCUACCAUGAGCUGUUUGGAUGUUAUGUACCCAGCUUAUGGACGUUACGCACCGUACGCACCGACUGCUCCUGCAUUUAUCAACAGCUUACAGGCUCCUUCAGGUCUGAGCAGUGCUGCGCCUCUCAGCCGGGACUUUAUGGACCCUCCCAGCGUUCCCGAAGGGAUGUCUGGGGGCCCAGGCACCGGAGGGUCGACUUCCUCCUCAUCUUCAUCCAGCUCCUCCUCCUCCUCUUCUUCCUACACAGCAGCAUCUUCAAGGCCAGCUGAGGGCCCCAAGGAGAAGCAGGAGGCCCCCGAGGCGGAGUAUCUGACCUCUCGCUGCGUCCUCUUCACCUACUACCAUGGAGACAUCAGCAGCGUGGUGGAUGAGCACUUCUCCAGGGCUCUCAGCUCCUACAUGGAUGGAGAGGGCAAACGGAGGGCAGCAGAACAACAGGGAACAGACGCUCCUUCACCGAGCAGCAGAAGAUGCUUCCCUCCAUCCUUCUGGGACAGUAGCUACUCUUCACCACAGAGCCGCCCCCACUGCGAAACAAGCAUGCCCUCCUAUUCCAUGGACCCGUACUCAGCGGGGCUACACCCGGGCCUGCCGCACCCACACGCCCAUCCUCACCCACAUGCUCAUCCUCACCCCCACGCUCACCCAGCGGAAAGCUGGGGGUAUCCUCAGGCCCAGGCCUACGGCCCCCCGCGGCCUUUACGUGAACUGUACUCGCCGUCCGCUCUGGAGCCGCACUACGGGGGCCUGCUUAUGCCCACGGUGAGACCACCUCAUCUAGCCACCCUGCCAAGCCAUUAUGAAGUGAGCAAGCUGGAGCCCCCCACCUCCUGGCCCAGCCUGCUCCCCCCCGGAGACGUCACCCAGACGCUGGCUCUCAACAUGGAUGCAGGCCUCCAGCAGCACAAGAAAGGCAAGGAGCUGUACUGGUUCUAACGAGCCCUUUAGUCACACUGACCUGCCAUUACCAGAUCCAAUUAGUCCCUGGACCUGCUCCGCUAUUGAAGCAGCGUGUCCCUUUAUCCCCGCUCACGCUGCAGCCCCCCCCCAUCCAUCCACCCCCUUGUUUCUGUUUCCAGCCUCCCGUGCCAGUAUGCUGCCUUGCUCCAGGUCGACGUGUGUGCACCAUGGAGAUAAAGCAGAGAGGGAGGGAGCACGGCAGAGAGACACAGCGUCUGAACUGGCUGUUCUCUCUGAUGCUCCUCUGCUCUGUGUGGUCAGCGCCGGUGCACAGACUCUGGCAAGAUGAGAGCCCCGGUGACCUGUUUGGACCGAGACGGACAGAAUCACAGCAGACUCUGUUCAGAGGACAGAGGGAUGAAGGGGGGCAGAGGGGAUGAAAAGUAACGAGCAAGGACUUCUUCCAGCUGUUAUCUCCGUCUCAUGCUCUGUGCCGUCAUUAUCCACUUAUCUGCAUUUCACAAAUGCAACAUGCAGCAAUACCCGAG